UUACAGCUCAUAAACCACUCUUCCAACUUAGACCAAUGAACCCUCACAUUCUACGAUUUGGAAUUUCAUCUAUUUCUCCCAUUAAUUUGUUUCUGGUCACGAUCUUGAAUUUGUGUUGCAUUAUUCCAAACCAACUCGCCUUCAAUUAAAUUCCCCAUCGCAGAACUUCAACCAUCCGCCGGCGAAGAUCUCUGGUAAUGGUGUAAUUUCGAGUUGUUUCGUUUUUUCUCCGAACAAGUUGAUUUAAUUAUUGUGGAAUCCGGAUUCUUUCCGAUCUUAGAUACAGAGAGAGUCAAUUUGGAUCCCCAUAUCGUCCUCAUGCAUCACGCACCCAUUUUCGUUGGGUGUUUUAUCUUGUGCUCGAUUGUUUGUUGCUAUGCGGAUGCCGGAUCUGGCUGUUCUAAAACCAGUUCUCUCGUCGACUUCGAGUCCGAAUUUAAAAUGGUACAGCACCAACUUAGAGGUUCGUUUAGAAUAAUCGAUGAUUGCUCUUUUAGGGUUUCGAAUUUCGAUUUGCUUUCUGGUUCCGAUGUGCAUUGGUGGGGUGCGAUCGCUCCUGAUUUUACCAAUUUCACGUCCGGGUUCGUUGUGUCUGAUCAAAAGCUUAAUGGGACGUACAAAAACGCCACCUUCAUUGUACAUUUGAUGAAGAAUGUUACAUGGAAUCAGAUCCAAAUCAUCGCUGCCUGGGACCUUCCCGACGCUUCGGAUUUCGGACAUAUUAUCCUCCGGAGACCGAAUAAUGGAUCGGCGGGUAGUCCCGAUAUGGCUCCAUCUCCGUCGGUAGGUGGGAGUUCAGGGGAAGAUGUGGGUUCGAUUCCUAAGGAGCCCACGGCGUUUGAAAAUUGCAAAGUGUUGAAUGAUAACUACAGGGUUAGGUGGACAUUGAACAGGAAGGAUCAUUUGAUUGACGUCGGGCUGGAGGCAGCGAUUCCGAUGACGAACUACAUGGCAUUUGGGUGGGCAAACCAGACUGAAACUUCUAAUCUCAUGAUUGGGGCAGAUGUUGCUGUGAUGGGGUUCAAGGAGGAUGGAGUGCCGCUUGUGGAUGAUUUCUACAUCACAAAGCUCAGCGAAUGUAUGAUUAAUAAGGAUGGUACAGUGCAUGGUGUUUGUCCAGAUACGAUUUUCGAAGGUUCAGACCCUGUUGGUUUGGUGAACAAUACAAAAUUGAUUUAUGGGCAUAGGAGAGACGGGGUGUCGUUUGUUCGGUAUCAAAGGUCACUGAUUACGGUUGAUAAGAAAUAUGAUAUGCCAAUUAAUCAUACUGCAAACAUGACUGUCAUUUGGGCAGUAGGACCAAUGAAGCCGCCUGAUGCAAUUCGGCCAUUCUAUCUUCCUCAAAAUCAUGGUGCGCAUUAUGGGCAUCUGGUUCUCAACGUUUCAGAGCACGUGAAUGAUUGUCUGGGUCCGCUUGAUGCAGAAGACAAGGAGGAUCAAGAUGUUGUAAUUGCAGAUGCAAAUUCUCCUCUUGUGGUAACUAGUGGUCCAGCUGUGCAUUAUCCGAAUCCUCCAAAUCCUGCAAAAGUUCUGUAUAUCAACAAGAAGGAGGCUCCUCUAUUAAGAGUUGAGAGAGGGGUGCCUGUGAAGUUCUCAAUACAAGCUGGGCAUGAUGUUGCACUCUACAUUACUUCUGAUCUGCUUGGUGGAAAUGCAACCCUGAGGAACAUGUCUGAGGUUAUUUAUGCUGGAGGGCCAGAAGCGGAAGGAGUUCAAGCCAGCCCCAUGGAGUUAACUUGGGCACCGGAUCGGAAUACUCCGGACCAAGUCUUUUACCAGUCAAUUUUCCAACCAAAAAUGGGUUGGAGGGUGCAGGUUGUUGAUGGUGGUUUGUCAGACAUGUAUAAUAAUAGUGUUCUUUUGGAUGACCAGCAAGUUACAUUUUUUUGGACUCUGUCGGAGGAUUCAAUAACUAUUGCAGCUCGUGGUGAGAAAAAGAGCGGUUAUCUUGCUAUUGGAUUUGGAAGUGGAAUGGUUAAUAGCUAUGCUUAUGUGGGUUGGAUGGAUGAAACUGGCAAAGGUAGAGUGAGUACCUACUGGAUUGAUGGAAAGGAAGCUUUAAAUGUACAUCCGACAAAAGAGAACUUGACCUUUGUGAGGUGCAAGUCAGAAAGCGGUAUCAUUACUCUGGAGUUCACCCGCCCCUUGAAACCAUCAUGUACUCAAGGUCAAGGACCAGAGUGUGAAAAUGUAAUUGAUCCCACCACUCCACUUAAGGUUGUAUGGGCAAUGGGUGCUAAAUGGGUGGAUGAACAUUUAAGCGACAGAAAUAUGCAUUCUUCUCGAAGCAGUAGGCCUAUGCGGGUGCUGCUUAUGCGUGGUUCUGCAGAGGCCGAACAAGAUUUACAGCCUGUAUUAGCCGUUCAUGGGUUCAUGAUGUUCCUUGCUUGGGGUAUUUUGUUACCUGGUGGAAUUUUGUCUGCUAGAUACUUGAAACAUGUGAAGGGUGAUGGGUGGUAUCAGAUUCAUGUUUACCUGCAGUACUCAGGUUUGUCAAUUGUCCUGCUUGGCCUUCUCUUUGCCAUUGCUGAGCUUCGGGGUUUCUACGUCAGCUCACUGCAUGUUAAGUUUGGAAUUGCUGCAAUACUUUUGGCAUGUAUACAGCCAAUAAAUGCAUAUUUCAGACCAAAAACACCAGCCAAUGGGGAAGUGGUUUCCCACAAGAGGAUUCUAUGGGAGUAUUCACACACAAUUGUAGGCAGAUGUGCAAUUGGUAUUGGUAUUGCAGCGCAAUUCACUGGAAUGAAGCAUCUAGGCGAACGAUAUGACAGUGAAAAUGUGCAUGGCCUUAUCUGGGCUCUAAUUACAUGGUUUACGAUCAUUGCAUUAAUGGUUAUUUAUUUGGAAUACCAGGAGAGGCAGCGUAGGAGGGACAGAAUAGCUGGAAGAAGCAGUUGGGUGCUUGGUAAUGAUGACGAUUCUAUCGAUCUUUUGGGUCCAACUAUUUCUAUUGAAGGCAAAGAGUCUCAUCCUUCAGGAACUAUGGAAGUUCAGUUAGAACCUUUAAGAAGAUAGAUUUUUCUUGUCUAAAUCUAUUCUUUUUGGCAUGGAGUUGGUCCAUUCACCAGCUUUGAUAUUUCACAAAAUGGAGAUAGCUGAUUUGAGUUUUGUUCUUGAAGCUUUCACCGGGAACAUGAAGGGGUUUGUCACUUACCCACAAAUCGCCCCAUUUUCUCUGCCGAAGAUCAUCAUCUCCUUACUUAUUAUGGAAUACGAUACCAGACCUAUACAACACAAUUGAAAGGGAUAAUUUCUACAGUUUGUUUUUUGUCGGAAGGGAUAAUAACGCUUGCAAAUUUUGCCAUGUUUCAGCUACAUAGUUAGGAGGUUUAUAGGUGUGUCCAUUUUGGGCAUGAGAAGAAGCAAGAAGUUCCAUUAAACGAAAUGAAAGCGAUAUAUUGUUGUAUAUAUGAGACUCUCAUUGAUACUUUUCUUUGCAGUGAAGAUAUUUGCAA